AUGAGUAAUUCAAUGUACAAUCCAUUUCUCUAUUGCUGUAUGAACAACAGAUUUCGUAACGGCUUUCGUAGUGUAUUUCGAUUCUGUCCAUGUGUUUCAUGGUCGCCUGAAUUCUCUUCCCAAACCCAUGCUUCUUGUCGUAGUUUCUCGGAUCCAACCGCACUUAAUGUCGUCUACUCGUCUCAACGUAAACGACGAACAACUAGUUCGACAAAUACACCUCAAACCACCAUGUCCGAAUUGUCGAUGAAUUUCGCAAGACAUCAUCGACAAAAUUUAUAG